AUGAUCCGUCGCGGCCGCGUCCCGAAGAGCACAGACGGCGCGUUCUGGCACUGGAAGGACCUCAACGUCGGCAUCGAUCUCGCGUUCUACGGAAAGGUGUUCCACACAGUGGACUGUGAUGCCUUCACGUGCGAGUACCUUCGCAGUCAGGGCGUGGAGUUGAACGCCCCCGAGCAGAUGCCCGACGACCCCUACUCCCUCGAGCGCCGCCUUGUCGUCCCCGCGAAGACCACGGUGUCGCCCUCGCUCGACACCAAACUGCGUCGCUUUCUGGAGUUCGGAGGCAAGGCCCCUGUGGUUGCAAUAGAAAGUUUGAGUGAACCUGAUGAUACUGUUUGA